AUGUUCAGCUCUAGUUGGAGCCUUCUGAUAUGUGCGUUGUUGGGAUUUGUAUCCCUCGCAAAGGCUUUCACGCCCGAAGAGGUGCAGAUCUUUCAACUGCAACAAGAGCUUGUCAAGACGUACAGAAACCCAGAUUUGGACUUUUAUAAAAUGCUCAAACUUCCCAAACUAAGGGAUUCUUCAUCCGCCGAGAUUCGCAAGAAUUUGAGGAAAUUGGCCAAAACGUACCAUCCCGACAAGAAUAAGAAAUACAGGAAACUGUAUGAACGCUUGUCGCUGGCUACAAAAAUCUUAGAGAACGACUCCCAGCGCAAAAUUUAUGAUUACUACCUGAAAAACGGUUUCCCAAACUAUGAUUUCAAGAAAGGUGGUUUCUACUUUACUAGGGUCCAGCCUAAAGUGUGGGCGAUAGGCAUAUUCAUUUUUCUGUCUUGCGGCUUAAUUCACUUUAUCAUUUUAAGACUGCAGAAUGACGGCAAUAAAAAUCGCAUCGAGAGGUUUUUACGCGAGGUCAAGGCUCAGGAUGAUACGCUUGGUCUGGGGGAGAAACGACUUCUAUUCAGACAAAACCCAGAUGAGGAAGGCCGAGAGAUUAUUGUUCGUUUUGGAGAAGUGUAUGCAGUGCAGUCCGAUGGUAAAGAGGCUCUUAUUUCCACUAAAGACAUCGUGAACCCAGGAAUAAGUGAUUCGCUACUCUUGACAUUGCCAUUAUGGAUGUGGAGAAAAUCAGUAGGAUGCCUCUUCAACUUCACGACAUCUGUCAAGAAUACGAAUGAAUUGCCCGAGAACAAGCCUUCUUCGGAGGAUUCGAAACCAAAGCCCAUUCGCAUUCAUGGCUCUGGUGAAAAACUGGAACUCCCCAAUGGUAAAGUAGUGCGAUCCAGGAAAAAAAACUGA